CCCAUGGCAUUUGCACCUCCGCUCUUAUCUGCUCUCAUCAUCUCCUCUUGACCAAUUCACAGACAAACCAACCGCGGCCGAGAGACCCAUGCACGCAAGACACGCGCUCGCCUCCUCCGUGUUGCCCGCCCUCCUCCUCCUCACGCUCCUCAUCUCCAUCGCCGUCACACUGCUCGUGCCGUCGUCUCCGUCGCGCCGGCGGCUCCCGUUCUUCCGCACUGCCGAUCCGGCUCCGGCACCGCAACUGGUUGCAGACGACGCCAGCGGCGGCACCGCCCGCGCCGGAGGCUGCGACUACUCCGACGGGGAAUGGGUGAGGGACGACCCCGCCACGACGGCGGCAGCCUACGGCGAGGACUGCCCGUUCCUGGACCCGGGGUUCCGGUGCGCCUCCAACGGCCGCAAAGACACGUCCUUCCGCCACUGGCGCUGGCAGCCGCGCGGGGGCAGUAGCUGCCGUCUCCCCAAGUUUAAUGGGAGCGAGAUGCUGGAGAGGAGCCGGAACGGGCGGAUCGUGUUCGCGGGGGACUCCAUCGGCCGGAACCAGUGGGAGUCCAUGCUCUGCAUGCUUGCCAGUGCCGUGCCGCCGGACGCCGCCAAUGGGACGACGUCGAGGAGGAUCUACGAGCGGUCCGGGAAGCCCCUGAGCCGGCACAGGGGCUACCUCUCCAUGGUCUUCGCCGACUACAACCUCUCCGUCGAGUACUACCGCGCCCCUUUCCUCGUCCUCCUCGACCGCUUCGACAACAGCAGCAAUAGCACUGUCAGGGCCAGGGGCGCCGUCCGGCUCGACGCGCUGCCGCGGCACGCCGCGCGCUGGGCCGGCGCCGACGUCAUCGUCCUCAACACCGGCCACUGGUGGAACCCCCACAAGACCAUCAAAUCGGGGAAUUAUUUCAUGGUGGGGGAUCGGUUCAACGUGACGACGGACGUCGGGGAGGCGUUCAAGCUAUCCAUGGAGACGGUGAAGCGCUGGGCGGGCACCACGGCGCGGCUCGCCAACCCAAACGGCCACGUCUUCUUCAGGAGCUUCUCUCCUUCGCACUACGGCGGCGGCGGCAUUAACGGGACGACGAACAAGACGUGGGACACGGGCGGCUCGUGCGCCGGCCACCGGGACCCAGCUGCGUCGUCCAAUGGCGGCGGCGAGAGUGACCGGUCGUCGUGGAUGAUGGAGGCCAUGGGUGUGUCGAGCGGGACGAAGGAGAAGAAGGGUGACAUUGUGCUGUUGAACGUGACGUACAUGACGGGGCUGAGGAGGGACGGGCACCCGUCGCGGCACCGGGAGCCCGGGACGCCGCCGGGGGCGCCCGAGGACUGCAGCCACUGGUGCCUGCCCGGCGUGCCCGACGCAUGGAACCAGCUGCUGUACGCGCAGCUCCUCUCCAUGGGGUACGAUGCCAGGAAGAAGAGGUCCAACAAGAGCACGUAGCUGCUGCUGCUGCAUGAUUUCGAAACUGUAAUAUUACUGCUGUGUUCUGUGUUUGUGAGUGCAUAUAUACAUAAAUAGAUCGCUCGCGUCUAUCGGUUUGGAAGGCGAAAGGAAGGAAAGACGAUCGGUGUCGAUGAUGCUUGAAAAUGAAGGAUUCAUGUAGAGAGAUGUUGAGUGCAUUCGCAGAACAAUGCUGUAUGAAGAAACUCGUUCUGAACUGAAAUAUCAAUAGAAACACUUUUCAAACUGGA